AUGGCUAUUAGACACAUCAUCAGAAGUGUCCCAGGUAAAGUGCAUGCUUCAUUACCAGCGCCAGUGAGAAGAAUACUCACGAGAGCCGCCUCAAAUCGUUAUCUGUUUAGAUACCAGGACCCCAAGGCCGUUUUGAAACCUCCUGUAGUGGCCUCGAUGGUUCCAGGAAAGAUCUUUAAACCUAUCGUAUGGAUCGACUGUGAAAUGACUGGGUUAGAUCACAAGAAUGAUAAAAUUAUUGAAAUUUGUUGUAUCAUUACUGAUGGGUAUUUAAAUAUUGUGGACCCCGAAGGUAACAAUUGCUAUGAAAGUGUUAUACAUUAUGGUAAUGAUGUUAUGGAUCAUAUGAACGAAUGGUGCAUUGAUCAACAUGGGAAAAGUGGGUUGACACAAAAAGUGUUGGAUAGUAAAAAAACUAGAGAACAAGUGGAGGAAGAACUGUUGGCUUACAUUAAAAAAUUUAUUCCAGAAAAGAAUAUUGGUGUUCUGGCUGGGAAUUCUAUUCAUAUGGAUAGAUUGUUUAUGUUGAAAGAAUUUCCAAAUGUUAUCGACCAUUUGUUUUAUAGAUUGAUUGAUGUGAGCACCAUUAUGGAGGUAUCACGUAGACAUAAUCCUGAUUUACUUGAAGUGGUUCCAAGAAAGGAGACUGCUCAUACGGCAAAGAAAGAUAUCCUUGAGAGUAUUGCUCAAUUAAAAUGGUAUCAAGAUCAUUAUUUAAAAAAUUCAAAAGAGACAGCCAAAUUCGUUCAACAAGCUAAGAAGUUACAAGAAAAAGAAAAGGCUUCAUACACUUUAUCUUCCAUUAUUGAAGCAAGUGUCAUCAAAAGAAAAAGAGCAGCUGAUGGAGAGCAAAAAAAUGAGGAGGGUUCUAAGAAAAAGUUGAAGAAAUAG